CCCCGCAGAUAAAUACAGGCGUCCUUCAGCAGAGGGGUAACAGUGUUGCACAAGUACAGCUUGUGAUAGCGUACUCCUCGAACCAAGAUGAGAGCCGUACAGGUAUGCGUAAUCGCUGCGGCGCUGGUAUCCUUUGCCAACGCACAAGACUUCCUACAAUACUUUCAACAUAUUCACGGCAUCUACUCCGGCGGUGACAACGCGGAGACACUUGACAACCUCAACGCUGCAGAGUGUGCAAGAAGGUGCAUUGAAGCCACCUCGUACUACUGCCGGUCGUUCGAAGUGAAUACGGCCACUUCCAAAUGUUACACCAGUGAAAACAACAGGUUAACCACGUCCGUCGAAAUGGGCACUUCCAGUAACUACGAAUACUACGAACGACUGGAGGGACAAAACGUCGCACCUCCGGUAUCUCAGUACAGCCAUUUGGUGAGGCUGAGGAACGGACCCACCGCGCGGGAAGGACGAGUAGAGAUCCGCCGGAGUGAGUCGGAGAGCUGGGGGACGAUCUGUGAUGACUCAUUUGGGAUGCCCGAAGCUCACGUCAUCUGCCGCAUGCUGCGCUACCCACGGGCACUGGAGGCUAAAUCGUCUGCUUUCUAUGGACAAGGAAGUGGUAAUAUCUACCUGGACGAUCUUGCCUGCGGGGGAAACGAGGACAGCAUCUUUGACUGUUCCAGCAAUGGAUGGGGAAGUCAUAACUGUGGCCACAGCGAGGAUGCAGGCGUGGUGUGUGAAGAAUACAAUCGCCAGUGUGCGGACUUAGUGUUGACAAACGGUACCGUCACGUACUCGAUGGACACCGCGUACUUCAGCUGUGACGCCGGCUACAUGCUGGUGGGAACCCCCGCCAAGAACUGCACAGCAGACGGAACCUGGGAGGCAGGCAACGUCACGUGCCAACCCACUGUGUGCCAAGUCCCGCCCCCUGUGACUCACGGAGAGAUGACGUACACGGGACUGACGUAUGCCGAAGUCGCCACGUACACCUGCGAACCCGGUUACACCUUCAACAACCCGUCCGAAACGGUCACCUGCGAGUCCCAGGGGCACUGGGACUUCAUCACACCUCCGGCAUGUGAAAUUAUCUGCGGUAAUAACCAGCUCCUGACGCACGACAGAGGCGUCCUGCUGAGCCCGAACUUCCCCGGGAACUACGAGAACUCCCAAACCUGCACCUGGCACAUCAAGCCGAGGGAUAACCACAUCGUGCUCUUCAAGUUCAACGUCUUCAAUACCGAACACAAUUAUGACAUCCUCACUGUGUAUGAGGGGUCCUCAGAAUCAGGGAAGUUGAUGCUCACCUUAUCCGGACAGUACAUGCCUGUAGACGUGUUCAAGACAGAGGCUGCGGACGAGAUCUUCGUACGCUUCCAGUCGGACGCGUCCUUCUCGAUGGGCGGAUUCAACAUGUCGUACUGGGCUGCAGACUGCGCGACCCCCGCACUAUCCUUUCACGGGGGCAACACGUUCUCGAGCACUUUGACCGGUGCCACCGUGUUCUACAACUGUGACCAAGGGUACGACCUGAUCGGACAGGACAGCGCCACCUGCACGGCGAGCGGCUGGUCUUCUGCAGAACCUACCUGUCAGAUCAAAGACUGUCUGCCCCUCCCCACGCCUGACCACGGCACCGCCAGUUCCACAUGCACCACGUACGGCUGUACCUACAGCUUCUCGUGUGACGUCGGGUACGAGCUGACCGGGUCCAGUCAGAGGACGUGCACCAAAGAUGGGAUCUGGAGUGGAAACGAUACCACGUGUGAAGUUGUGCACUGUCCUGAGUUGUCGCGGCCAGCGUUUGGGAAAAUCAUCGGGAGCGGCACGAUGUACGGCACGGUGAUCCAGUUCACCUGCCUGCACGGCUUCCACCAGGGCUCGUCCUCCAGGACCUGCCAGGCGGACGGCACGUGGUCGGGACAGGACGUCAUCUGUUACGACCCAGUCCAGUGUAACUUUGAGGCGAGCAUCUGUGGCUACCAACAAGAUCGCCAAACCGACGACUUUGAUUGGACCAGGAACAGUGGAGUAACUGCGUCCUCUGACACAGGGCCGAGCUCAGGAUACAAUUCCAACUGGUACUUGUAUACUGAGGCGUCCAGCCCGCGUGUUCAGGGGGAGGUGGCUCGGAUCUCCAGUGCAGAGUUCCAAACCGAGGGAUGUCAACAGCUGCAGUUCUACUAUCACAUGUACGGGAGCGAGAUGGGCACUCUUAACGUCUACUUGGCGACACGGACGUACCACAUUACCAGCGAGCUUGCCUGGACGGCUUCUGGCGAAGACGUAAAUUCCUGGCGUGCUGUGACAAUUGAUCUUCCAGAGGAGGGAUACCACAAGGUGACAUUUGAGGCCAUCCAAGGAACGGGCUUCGAGAGUGACAUGGCCAUUGAUGAGAUCUCGCUCAUACCAAGCGACCACUGCCCAGUUCCCACCACGCUUCCACCGACAACAACAACCAUUCCACCAACAACAACGCUGCCACCGACAACAACCCCUCCACCAACAACAACCCCUCCACCAACGACUUCAACUCUUCCACCAUCGACUACAAGCCUUCCUCAGACCAGCACCCCUCAUGUGCACCCGACCACUGGCAGCCCCGUUAUCGUCGGCUACAACACCACAUCAGGCCCGGUGUCCUCAACAGUCAUCCCUCCUACAGCCUGCAGGCAUAACUAUCACCUGGCGGCAAACAGCAUCGAUGUGAUGAGCUCCCCCGGGUACCCCCUGAAGUACGAGCCUAACGAGGACUGCUGGUUCGUCAUGACUACCGAGCCUGGCUUCGGCGUGCAGAUCAGCAUGUUGAACUUUGACCUACAGCCUCGACCUCAGCCGACCAAUGGCGUUUCCGGUGACUGUGCCGAUUACGUCAUUUUCCACUUACCGCUGGGAGGUCGGCCGUCCCCUCCGUCUUGUGGCACGGCCAUCCCGGCGGGGUCCAAGCUCUCCGCGCCCGUCGACACCACCCUGGCGGUACGGUUCGUGACGGACGGCUCCGACGAGCGCAGCGGGUUCAGCGCCGUUAUCCAGAGCCUGCCCGCCGAUCUGCUCACCACUACUAUCACCUUCGCGGACUGAAAACAGUCUUUUGAUAGUCUAAAAUAAAUACUCUUCAAUCAGGGGUUCGGCUUUGGCUACAUUUUGACGUGUAUUUAAGCUUUCUAAUUUUUUUACCGUUUUCUUAUAAAUGUUUCGCGGUCGAACAUAACAUAGAGAAAACGGUACAAAGAUAAAGUCCGAUCAAAACGCUAAAGAGUAUAAGAUAAAAGAGCGUAUGACAGAGAGUAUAAGAGAGAGAGAGAGUAUGAGUCUUAAGAGAGAGAGUAUAAUUAUCAGAGAGUACGAUGUAUAACAGAGUAUAACGUUAAGAAUAAAGCUAAACAAACCGAACCAAA